AGUUUAAUUAGUGCAGCGAGCAGCUGCAGCACCAAUAUAAGACCAGAGGAGCCACAUGCAGCUCACAGCACAAAGCUUCAGUCUACAAACCUCCGGCAGGCUGCUGAAGCUCAAACUGCUGCUCUCUGACUCAAACAUGGCGCUCGGGCUCUUUGGAAGGCUCUCUUGGAUCUGUGUGCUGUUCAGCUGCGGCGCUUGUUUUCCUGCAACUAAAGGAGACUACAGAUAUCCCUACACCGCUACAUGGGGCUCUGCUGGUGGACCUGCUCCUGGAUCAAACCUUCAUUCUGGAGGUUCCAGGGCUCCUGAAGCAUCUUCCCUGAGCCUGGGCUACGUCAGCCCUCCUGUCGGCACUGGGAAGAAGACUCCGAGCUUCUCCCCGCAGCUUCAGCCUGUUGCUGGAACCAGCGGCGGGUCGAACCUGGGCUCCGUCUACGGGGCUCCUGAUUCUGGCUUCGCGUACCCUGCUGGGAACACGGCUACAGCCUACGAGUCUGGUCCGAGCUCUGGGUACAACGUAGCGCCUCUCCCUUACGACAACUCUGGUUCUCCAGGCCUUCCUUGGGUCGGGCAGCCUGCGGGGGGCGCCGACGCUUCGUUCUACGAUCCAAGCAGCUGGAUGCCGUCGCGUCCUUUCCCGGACCUCACUGUCUGGGAGUCUGGCGACCAGAUGUCACAGGGCGCGAGCGAGACGUCCCCUCUGCCGCCUUCAUCCUACAUCGUCCAGUCCAGGAACGGCUACCUGCGAGCACGAGAGGUCCUGUCCCACACCAACUACUCCCCAGAGUACCCUCAGCCACCGGUCUAUGUCUCCAAGGCCGUCAAGGCACCAAGCGGGUCUCUGCCGGCGACUGGACCCAAAGGAAAACAAGGGUGAGCUUCAGCCUUCUGGAAGUGUUUCUAUGUUUGACGCUGUUAAUAAAAGAUGUGAUCACUUAAA